CAUUUUCUUAGCCUGGCCAGGUCUCUGCCCACCUAUCCAGGUGGUGGCUCAAUUCUGUCCCAAAGCCUUUGGCAGGGUGUGCUGGGGCCUUUGUUGUGUUAAACUUUGCCCCUCAUAAAAUGAUUUUUUAACCAAAUAUUCUGUGUGCCAGGUCCUACACUCUCUGUGCCAUCUGUAACCACUUUGUGCCUGGGAUUGCUGUCCCCUGUCACUGCUAUGUGUGUGUUCAGUACUGUAGUCGUAGCUGUGGAAGCAACUUAAUUCAGUCUCUCCUGGAUUAUUCCAACAGAUCCAUUUUUACCACCUCUUCUACCUUUUGGCAGGUUUUUACCCAUUUUUCUCUCCUCUCUAGUUCUUAUUUUGCUGCAGUUCACACUUGACGACUCUUCAUUACUUCCUUUUUAUUGCUUGAAGAAUCACCUAGAAAUGAAAUUUAUUCAGCACAAAUUUUUUUUUUUUUUUUUUUUUAAUCUUUCCCCCAUCUCCUCCCCCUUCGUUCACCAAGUGAUCGAAGCAGCCAAAAUCCAAGUGAUCACAGGAGGGGCACGUUUUUCCCUCACUUUUUUUUAACUCCCAUUUUUCCUCUGCCAUAUGUUGGGUCAUCCACUACAAAAGACUCAGCGGUGAAGAGGCCCCAUGUGAUCAGCAGAUUUACAGCUUGCCCGAAAAUGAAAGCAGAAAAUGAAAUUCCAGAGUGCCUCUUUGCGUGUGACGUGUGUGAACAUCUGAGAAUUUGGGUUCCUGGGUGUGAGCGGGCUUUGGCUUCCAGAUAAUUCCGGUGCCCGUAAUAAACGUGUCCUGUGCGCGCCGAGGGGGUUAAUUAAUGGUGCUCCAAACCAGCCCUGCCUGGGUUUGUUUCUGUGCAUCACCGGAAUAUUCUCUCUGCAGGGCUUUGAAGACGGGCUGCCUGGCAGUGAAGGCUUAACUGGUGAUUAAAUUCUCCCCGAAGCAGCCAGGACUCGCGUGGAACAUGGGGCUGCUCCGCGCCCGGGACGCUGCGUGGCGGAGGAAAGGAUGUGUGACCGCGGCCCCGUCAGAGCAGCGCCGACUCCUGUGAGACAUGGAUAGAUGCAAACAUGUCGGGCGGCUACGACUCGCCCAGGACCACUCGAUCCUGAACCCCCAGAAGUGGCGGUGCGUGGACUGCCAGACCACGGAGUCGCUCUGGGCCUGCCUCAAGUGCUCGCACGUGGCCUGCGGGCGCUACAUCGAGGAGCACGCGCUGCGCCACUUCCAGGAGACGCGGCACCCCCUGGCCAUGGAGGUGCACGACCUGUACGUGUUCUGUUACCUCUGCCAGGACUACGUCCUGAACGACAACCCCGAGGGGGACCUGAAGCUGCUGAGGAGCUCCCUGUCGGCCAUCCAGGGGCAGAGGCAGGACGCCUCGGGGCGCGGCGGGCGGACGCUGCGCUCCAUGGCGCUGGGGGAGGCCGCGCGCGGCCGCCGCACGAGCCCCCCGGGGCAGUCCCAGAUGCUCACGGCGCUCUGGCACCGGCGCCAGGCCCUGCUGGCGAGGGCGCUGCGGACCUGGUUCGACAGGAGCUCUCGGGGGCAGCUGAAACUGCAGCAGAAGAAGCAGCUGGAGGAGCUGGAGAAGAAGAAGGAGGCGGCUCGGCAGCGGCGGCAGGAGAUGAAGAGGCAGCUCCUGGAGGAGCUGGCGAACACCCCCCCCAGGAAGAGCGCGAGGCUGCUGUCCCACGUGCACAGGGAGAACUUGAUUCCAAGGAAAUUCAGGGAGGUGGCCUCCUCCCCUACCUCAAGGCAGGUGCAGAGCAGCAGGUUCAGACAGUUCUACUCCAUCCGGCGCCAGCCCCUCAUGACGCCCGGGGUGACGGGGCUGAGGAACCUGGGGAACACGUGUUACAUGAACUCCAUUCUGCAAGUGCUGAGUCACCUCCAGAAGUUCAGAGAAUGUUUCCUGACACUCGAUCUCUGUGAAACAGAAGAACUCUUGGCUAAAACUGUGAACGGGAGGGCCAGGAUCCCUGGCAAACUGGCAAAUGGGUCUGCUGCUAAUGAGUCGGGGAAGACUGACAAAGUGGGAUCAUCUGGCACGCAGAGCUCGCCAGCUGGCUUAAAUGGGAGCUCCUCCAUAAGCCGAAGCUUAGAACUGAUCCAGCCCAAGGAGCCGAGCUCAAAGCACAUCUCCCUCUGCCACGAACUGCACACCCUCUUCAGAGUGAUGUGGUCUGGCAAGUGGGCCCUCGUGUCCCCCUUUGCCAUGCUGCACUCCGUGUGGAGCCUGAUCCCGGCCUUCCGGGGCUACGAUCAGCAGGACGCUCAGGAAUUCCUCUGCGAGCUGCUGGAUAAAGUCCAGCAGGAGCUGGAGUCGGAAGGAACGAAGCGCAGGAUCCUCAUCCCCUUCUCGCAGAGGAAGCUCACCAAGCAGGUCCUCAAGGUGGUCAACACCAUCUUCCACGGGCAGUUGCUCAGCCAGGUCACCUGCACAACGUGCAACUACAAAUCCAACACCGUGGAGCCCUUCUGGGACCUUUCCUUGGAGUUCCCCGAGCGCUACCACUCCCUGGAGAAGGGCAUUGUCCCAGUGCAGCAGGCAGAGUGCCUGCUGACCGAGAUGCUGGCCAAGUUCACCGAGACCGAGGCCCUGGAGGGGAGGAUCUACGCCUGCGACCAGUGCAACAGCAAACGGCGAAAGUCUUCUCCUAAACCUCUUGUUCUGAGUGAAGCUAAAAAGCAGUUGCUGAUCUACAGACUACCUCAGGUCCUCCGGCUGCACCUUAAACGCUUCAGGUGGUCUGAGCGCAAUCACCGCGAGAAGAUCGGGGUCCAUGUCCUCUUUGAGCAGGUAUUAAACAUGGAACCUUACUGCUGCAGGGACUCUCUCUCCUCUCUUGGCAAAGAGACCCUUGUGUAUGACCUCUCGGCUGUGGUGAUGCAUCACGGGAAGGGGUUUGGCUCAGGACACUACACAGCAUAUUGCUACAACACGGAGGGAGGGUUUUGGGUCCACUGCAACGACUCCAAACUGAAUGUAUGUAGCGUGGAGGAGGUGUGCAGGACCCAGGCCUACAUCCUCUUUUACACUCAAAGGACGGUGCAGGACGGAGCAGGGAUCUCAGAAAAACAACUCCAAGCUCAGGUGCCACCCAGGAACAGUGAGAAGGACAGCAGACCGGCAUUCCCGUGAUGGGGGAGCCCUGUCACUCCAGUCAUCGCUCCCAGCUCCUUCUGGAACCGCUGGCGCUCGCAUCUUCCCCCUCUCCGCGGGGGAGAAACUGCAGGAAUGGGAUCAGAGCGGGGAUCUUU